UACUCCCCUAGCUGCUGUUGUGUCCUGCCUGGCUCCCCGCUCUGCCCUGCUCCUUCCCCGGACCCGAAGCCCGCCUCGGCUACCGAACUCCCAGUGAAUGCACUAGCCAGCAACCAUGACAGGCAUCGCCGCCGCGUCUUUCUUCUCCAACUCCUGCAGGUUCGGGGGUUGCGGGCUCCAGUUCGAGUCUUUGGCCGAGCUAAUCGUCCACAUCGAGGACAAUCACAUCGACACAGAUCCUCGUGUUCUGGAGAAACAGGAGCAACAACAGCCCACCUACCUAGCCCUAAGCUACAUCAACAGGUUUAUGACUGACGCGGCACGUCGGGAGCAGGAGACCCUGAAGAAGAAGGCCACGCCCAAACUUUCCCUGUCAAUCACAGGUGGCGUGUCUCGGAACAGCGUGGCCACGCCUCCACGGCACAGCAACGGCAACCUGACUCCUCCUGUGACUCCUCCCAUCACACCAUCCUCCUCCUUCCGUAGCAGCACACCCACAGGCAGUGAGUAUGAUGAUGAGGAGGUGGACUAUGAGGAGUCAGACAGUGAUGAGUCCUGGACCACAGAGAGUGCCAUCAGCUCAGAGUCUAUCCUCAGCUCCAUGUGUAUGAACGGAGGAGAGGAGAAACCCUUCGCCUGCCCUGUGCCUGGCUGCAAGAAGAGAUACAAGAAUGUAAACGGUAUUAAAUACCACGCCAAGAACGGCCACCGGACCCAGAUCCGUGUGCGGAAGCCCUUCAAGUGCCGCUGUGGGAAGAGCUACAAGACGUCCCAGGGCCUGAGACACCACACCAUCAACUUCCACCCGCCCGUCUCCGCCGACAUCAUCCGCAAGAUGCAGGGCUAGAGAUUCCCCCCCGAUUCCUCACCAGCACUCCCAACCCAACCACCCCAAACUUUUUCAAUCGUCAAUAUCCACCCCACCUUGACCAACCACACAAAACAAAGCCCUAUCCCUUCUGGGCCAACUUUAAGGGUGACAACCCAAACCCCUAUCCCUUCUGGCCCAACUUUAAGGGUGACAACCCAAACCCCUAUCCCUUCUGGCCCAACCUUAGGGAUGACAACCCAAACCCCUAUCCCUUCUGGCCCAACCUUAGGGAUGACAACCGACACCCCUAUCCCUUCUGGCCCAACCUUAGGGAUGACAACCCAAACCCCUAUCCCUUCCUCCCACACACAAAAGGAUCUAGUGCAUGCUUUAAGUUGUUUUGUCGUUAGCCUUUUUUAUGUCUAGUAUUACAUUCUAUGAUUUUCACAUGUUACUCUAUCUUUUGUUAUUUUUUAAUGAUAUGCAUCUUUAUAGACUUUUUUUUUAUUGUUGGUACAUUUGCACAUUCUUAUGCUAUCCCAACUAUUUGUUACUUUUUGUAUUGACAUACGGUGCUAACAAAAAGGAAGAAAGAAAAGCAAAAGAGAAAAGAGGAAUAAUGUAUGAGUUGGAUUAUACAGUCUAUAUAUAGAUAUAUAAACAAUAGAUAGAUAUGUGUAUAUAUACAAAUAUAAGUAUUCAUGAGCAUAUACAAAAUAGUUCCACUUUAUUUUCAAGCUUUAUUUUAUACUUUAUUUUUCAAUAUAUUUUCCACAUAUUUUCUUUUUAUAUUUUAUCGAUAAGUGUUUUUUCAUUCCUCAACCCCGAGACAACCUGUUCUGUUGUCAUAGGUCAAAUAAUUUGAAACAGCUAGGUGACCUCAGGUCUAGAUAUCCCCAGCAGCAAAAACAAAGAGACUAUGGCUUGAAUCCUAACUUCAGAUCUGCAUCCCUAAAUCAAUUCUUCACAGUCCCUAUUGAUUUUAAUGCACAAGUUACGCAUACAGAUUUAAUGUUAGCUUUCAGCCCAUAUAGAGCAACAAGUAAAGUAUUGAAUUCCUUCAUUCCCUCUGUUCUAGAACGGUUCUAGGACUACUCCCUAAUGAUUCCGGAAUGGAUUGUGCAUCCUGUAUUCCAGAAUGUUGUUCCAGACUGUACAGGGUGAGCAGACCAGUUGAGGCAUCAUUCUAUAUUCCAGUUGCCAAGUGUUGUUUCUGGUUACUUUUCCAUGAUCAUUGCCAACAGCUCUCUACUGCCAAACAUUGACCAUACCUUGUGCCUGAGGAGGGUGGGGGGAGAGAGACUGUCAUACGUUUUCAUCCAAGAGGCGCGCAAACGUGUCAAGGGAAUACCGUCUCAUUGCACCUCCAGUGUGUAUGUGUGUGAAUGUAUGUGAUUGUUGAUGGUAUGUUUUAGUGUUUGUGCAUGCGUUUGUCUUAAAGGGAAUAUGUGUGUAUCUCGAGAGAUUACACCUACAAACUUUGAUUGCCUUGCAUUGUAGGCUACAGCAUUCCAGUACAGUGUGUGUGUUGCUUCUUAGCCAAGUCUUUCAGCAGUAUCUGAGCUUUUCAGCUUCUAGUGUUAUUAUUCUGCUUUCUCUGUUCCAGCCCUCCAUAGUGUUUUAUAAUAUAUGGCUGUUUCAAAUGACACCCUGUGUCUCAUUAUAAAGGAGUCCUAUGUGUUAAGAGUGCCAGGUCACUGUGUGUUCUAAAUGACACCCCAUUCCAUAUAGUGCACUACUUUUGAUCAGAGCCCUAUAGGCCCUUGGUCAAAAGUAGUGCGCUGUAUAGGGAAUGCCAUUUGGGUUGCAGAUAGUGUCAUAACCAGGCCCUUGCCCAUUGCUUCUGUAAAGCAGGAUUCUGUCUGGUGUACUGUCAAAUUGUGUCAAUGUAAGCAUGUUCUGACCCAUUUGGGAUACCAUGCCUUCAGAGUACAGCGGAGUGGUGUAGUGUCAAAAAGUGGUGCCCAUUGGCAAGAUGUGACCCGUUCCAGGCCCUAAAACAUUUCUAACCUGUUGUUCUGUUCUGUGAUGAUGGUCUGAGUCUGUGAUGGUACCUCAACACACAUGCUUGACUGUUGCCAUAACAACCCUUGACGUGGGUGUGGAAAAGUGCACCUGAAGGUCAGGGCGUCUGAGUAGGAGUGCCUAGCUAGAAACAGAUUUGCCUUUGAAACCAUCAUGAAUAAGAGGGGGGACCUGAUCCUAGAACAGAAUACAGGCCCAGGUUACAAGACAGAAAUAAAAUGUCAGUGAAAGAGGAAGGUAGCAUUGUUGGGGUAGUCAAAGGUAGCGUUUUUGAGUGUGGCCAUACAGAACUCAUCCCGGCGUUCCGGAGUCUCUGUGCCGGGUUUUCCAUACUUGGAAGCCUUGGCUCCAGAGCAUUUUGGCGAGGGAUCAGAGAGGGAGUUCGACAGAGACCAGAAUUCGCCAGAUCGGGACCUGUCCUCUCCCCGCAGAGAUACAGGUCACUAUGGUUAGUUUAAAAACACUGUUUAACAGGGUGACUGACAGUAUUACACAGCAGGAUGGGAGGAGUACAGUCGUGUGUGUGUGUGUGAGGGGGACUAUUCUGAUAUACCGUGUACAGUGAAUGUAUUGUAAUGUGUGUCUUAAGUGCUUUUUAAAUUAUAUUUUUGUAUGUUAAGUGGAGAACAAUGUUUCCUAUUUGUACGGAGGCAACAGAGGUUGAGGAAGGAAACCUGUGUACUAUAUCAAACUGUUUUUAUAUAAGCUGCUGCGUCAUAAAUGUGAACACUAUUACAUUUGAAAACAAAUAAAUAGAGAACUGUAGCCAGAA